UGCAGGUGGGUGAGGUGUGAUUUUUUGGUGCCAAAAAGUGGUUGGAGUCGUGGGUCACACCUCAGCCAUGAGUGGGAGUCAGGAAGGGACCGACUCCGAGUCCCUCAUCCCGCCUGAAGUCUAUAAUGUGAUUAAAAGGGACGUGAGAGAUUUCUUCCAGGUCUCAGAUUCCGAAGGGCGGUCGUCGGAGGACGAGACUCCGAGGCUCUCGUUCUUCAGCAGGCAGGACAGUCUGGACGCGGUGUUUAGCCUGACCGAGGACAGGGUUUGCUCAAAACCGCAGGAUUUGCUCGGACACACCGCCAGCUUUAACGAAUUCCAGAUGCGGGCCCAAGAGCCGCUACUGUACGAGGCCCAGAUGCCGGACUUGAAGGUGGAGUCGACGGAACCGGACGAGUUGCCGCCGGAUCCCGUCCCAGCGACCACGAACUGGGACGGGGAGCAUGGCUUCGAUGUCACCUUUCCUGCAGCCGCGAAUUCUUCCAGUGGGACCUGGACCUGGUCUUCCCCUCUGGAGAAGUUGUUCGUGGAGAUGGUGAAGACGUGCCCCUUCCAAGUUCACGUGAAUCAGCACGACUACGAACCUCUGAACAUCCGGGCGAUGUUGGUGUAUACGUCCCCGCAUUACAUCCAGUUUGCCGUGAGUCGGUGCCCUCACCACGCGGAAGCGAGUCACGACUCUAACAAGGGUUGCACACAGAACGAAGAGUUCCUGCAGCACAUCAUCAGAGCGGAUCAUCAGAAUGCCAGGUACGAGAGGUCGCCGAGCGGACGGUACUCGGUCGUCAUCCCGCUCGAUCGACCUCCUCCGGGGACGGAGUUUGCGACCCUGCUGCUUCAGUUUGCCUGCCUUGGGUCUUGUCCCGGUGGGAUCAACAGGAGGACGACUAAGCUGCUCCUCACGCUCGAGACCAAAAGUGGUAAGGUGGUGGGGCGGAAGGCCUUGGAUCUGAGGAUUUGCGCAUGCCCUUCGAGGGAUCGACGACAGGAGGAGAAGAAGGCAGAGAAGCGAAGAGAAGACGACCGGUCCUCGGGGGUUCCGCCUACAAAACGGCCCCUUACUAACUCCAACAACACCUUGGGUGUUCCACUCGUGCCGGAGUCCAAGAAGGUGCAAUUGUCCCUGGACACUCGACCUCAUCAACACGGGAUGCAAGGGAGGAACGAUUCCCGCAGCAAUGAAUCGUUUGCUUUAAAGAUGGUGUCUGCUAUGCAGGACAUGAUGCAGCUCAUGGAGUUCCUCCGUCAGAGACAUCCAGAUGUGCUCAAUGAGUAUGAGCAAUAUCGAGCCCUAGGAGGAACAACUCUCCAACACAAAUGAGAACUGCAAGAGUACUGUUUUAUAUUCAAAGUUUUUCUUGUGGUCUCAGCUUAUAUUUAUAUGCCUUUUUUUUUGCAUGACCUCACUUGACCUCUUUAUUUACAUUUUGUUUUUCAUGAUCUUCAUUCCAGUGAGGAAUGUUCUGUUCUGUUAUCCCUCUUGCAGCAGAAGGCAUUUGUUGUUAUUCAUUCCAGGGGAGAAUGAAAAAUACCCACAGAUCUUUCUCAUGGGAAUCGUGGGGGAAGAUGAUAUCCCUGAAGUAAUGCAUGCAACCAGUCAAUUUGGGGAAUUCUGUACGGUGUAUAGUGCCUUGCAUUGUGGUUGAGAUGGCUUGAAGUGACGAUGUGCUAGAAAGGAUGUGUCGAGUGUGAUGGCCGAGAACUGAGGAAUAAAGCAGCAUUGCAUUGCAUAGGAA